AUGCUUUAUAGUGGUAGAGCGUUGAGCGGAUUGGCUACAGUCAUGCUGUGGUUUGCGCUGUGUUCGGUGUGCCUGGUGGUCGUUCCAAGGCUCGCAACGGCUGAUGGUCGUCUGCCGAACGAUACCAUCCCGUUGCAUUACGAUCUACACCUGGAGGUGACCGGUUUGGGAGUGGACGAUUUCACCUACCGGGGCAACGUGUCGGUACGGAUCGCCAUUGCGAGUGAUACAGAUCAGAUCGUCCUGCACAGCGUGCGUAGUACGCUCGGUUCGAUAAGCGUACGAAGAUGUCGGGAUGGUGUAGAGAUACCUCACCGGUUGCUGGAGACGGACGGCGCUAGUGAGCUGUUGCGCAUUCGGACCGCUCGUGUCCUGCGCCGAUCGGACGAUCAAGUUAUCCAGCUAACGAUUACGUUCAACAGCACGCUUGGUGAGGAACGAUUCGGUUUCUAUCGCACACAGUACCGGGGUCCGAAGCGAGUUCCAAUGGCUGUGGCUGCGACACACUUUCAACCGUGUUACGCACGGCUCGCUUUUCCGUGUUUCGACGAACCGGCGCUUAAGAGUACGUUCCAGGUGACGAUCGUUAGUAACGCUAGCCAUCUGGUAGUUUCCAAUGCCCCAGUCAAGACGAUCACCUGGCUACCGGAUGGCCACAAGGCGGUACUGUUCGAGCGUACUCCACCGAUGCAAACCUACCUCGUAUCGUUUCUGAUCGCCAACUUUACAUCCGUGCACGCGAGCAGCCCUUCCGGCGUGCGGGUUGGUAUACUGGCACCGCCCAAAGAUCAGAAAAAGCUACAAUUUAGCUUGCAGGCAGCGACCUCACUGCUAACCAGCUUGGAAGAGUACACCGGGCAACGCUUGGGUCUAACGAAGCUGGACCAUGCCGCCAUUCCACGGUUUGGAAAUGCCAUGGAGAACUGGGGUCUGGUAGCGUACGAUGAACAGUUCCUGGUGCUAUCACCGAAAGCCCACCGGUUGCAGCGUGCCCAGGCAGUCAUUACCAUCGGUCACGAGACGGCCCACCAGCUGUUCGGCAAUCUAGUUGGACCGGCGUGGUGGUCCUACCUGUGGCUGAGCGAAGGAUUUGCGACGUACUUCGAGAUGCUGCUGGGCAGUGACCUGUACCCGGAGCUGCUCCCGUUGGAGGAAUCCUUCGCCGUACGGCACAUGCGGCCGGCACUGUUGGCCGACGCGUUGGAAGGCCAUGCACUGACGGUGGAACCGUUGCCGGCGGACACGGCACAAAUUGAGGCGCUGUUCGAUACGAUCACGUACAGCAAGGCGGGAUGCAUACUGCGCAUGAUCAACUGUUCGAUAGGCGAGACAGCUUUCAAAAGUGGCGUUCGGACGUACCUCGCGAGAUACCGCAAUGGGACGGUUUCUCCGGGCGAUCUGUACGGUAGCUUCCCGGCGAUGCCCGACGGUCCAACGGUCGAGCAAAUGUUUCGCAGCUGGGCAGACAAACCGGGACAUCCGGUGGUGACGGUCGAACGUCUUAACAGUUCCUUCGUCCGGUUUCGUCAGCAGCGUCACCAGCCGGAAGCGGUGGCCACCCGGGACACCGACUCGCGCUGGUACAUUCCGAUUACGUACUACACCAACAGCAGCGCGGGAAAGUUCGAGUAUCGGCCAGCAUUUUGGAUGCAGGAAAGUGACCACGAGCUGGUGGUCCGGCUGGAGAUGGAGUGGCAGGAUGUGCUGGUUGUGAACCCACGGCAGAUUGGGUUCUAUCGCGUGGAGUACGACGAGCGCGGUUGGAACACCAUCGUCGACAUUCUAUCCACGUUGCCGUCCGUUGUGCAGGCGAAACUGGUGGACGACGCUUUCGGACUGGCCCGCACCGGUCUGGUCGGGUACGAGGUAUGCCUCGAGAUGCUGCAGGAACUAGCGGCACACCCGGAUCCCGUGCCGUGGUUAACGGCGAUGGCGGAGGAGAACGUCGGUUUCCUGCAGCGUGUCCUCCAGUCGGAGCAGUUUGACCAGUUUGUGGUGGGAUUCGUUGGGGACAUGUUUGGACUUGCCGGCAACCUUACCCAAUCGUUGUUCCAGUCCCAGGCACUGGAACGAGCAUUCGAUUGGUGGGCUCGGCUAGCAGCACCGGCACCCGAUUCCGUACAGAAAAAAGCCGAAUCUGCCGGAGGCAUGCGACGUCCAGCCUGUCCACUGCUAACGGUGGACAACAUAGUGGAAGGUUUCGUGUCGCCUGACGAUCUCGUGCGGGAUCGUUUAUUCGCUCGAUUAAAAUGUCAACCGAAGGACCGGCACGAACCACUCAUAGUCGCGCUGGAGCGCAUUAAGGAGACGAAACUUCUCACCCCCGGCAAGCUGUUUGCCGUGUUGGAGAGCUUGGUUAAAUCCGACCCGGGACGGUUUCUGCACCCGACCGUCCGUUUCCUACGCACCGUUAGCACGGCCGGGAUCGGGUCGGAUGGGCAACGCUUGCAGCACCUGUUGAGCGUAAUCGUACCCGAGGUCACUGACCGGAAUCGGGCAGCAGAUGUACGGAAGCUGAUUGUCAAAAAUGCUGCCGCCCUGUCGGAGAACUUCCUCUCACACGCGAACACCGUGAUGACGUCAACCAUCAGCUGGCGCAUGCAGCAGGUACCGAAGCUAAGGGAGUUUGUUACCGAUUCCCGUAUGGCCGCCUACUACGGGAAGGAAGCGGGCGGACGGCAAAGCUCAUUGGCAGGUGGCUUGAUGAAUUAA